AGAUCUCUUACGGGUUCGUUUAAGCAGGACCACAAAGAAAAACUGUUGAUUUUGCCAUCAGCUCUUCUGUAGCACCCAGUAUGUGCAGGAGUGCUUAUUUGGGGAUGCUGUAGACCUUGAAGAUGUCUGGGACACACCUGAAAUCAAAGAUGGCCAGCUCAGAGGCAGAAAAAAAUACUGCUUCUGUCCUCCAACCCCAGGGGAGAAGAAAAGCCAUUUCAGGGCACUGGUGAGGGCACGAUAGGGGUUGAGCGCUGACAUGGCAUCUUCCUAGCCCUUCCUUGUAUUCUAAUAACUUCCAGGGUGUAGUCACCUGUUUUGCCCCUACCUUUUCACUUCUCCCUUGUUUUCUUACCUGCUCAUCCCUCUCAUCUCUACUUCUCAACUCUUGACUUACCUGCCCUGCCCUAUUCUAUCUUGGCUUCCCUUGUCCCGACCUCAGCUGUACCCUCUCUUGCCUGCUGGCUUAGCUGUCCCCUUCUCACUUUUCCAUCUUCAAAGGUGACUCCUGUUUCAACUCUCCGGUGCCUUUUCACCAGUAUGUUCAACUACCCUGCAUACCUUCCUGACCCUCACCUGCCCCGCCGUCUCAAAGUCUCACUUCCCUCUAAGAUGCCCGCGGGCUCUCCAGGGGGCGGGGCCUUCCCGGGAGAAGGUAAAGAGGAAUUUCUGUCCAACCUAGAAGCACCUGGGAGUUUUGAUGCAGAAAGGGCGGUGGUAUCAAAAGGCUGCAAUAAAGAGCCGAGAGAGAAGAGGGACAGUAGAACCCAUGGGAGGAGGAGACAGGAUGGGCGGGUGAUAGAGAGCGGGAUCGAAGAAGACGAGGACGGGGUUGGCAACGGGAACCGGCCAGAGGCUCUGUAAGGACUCUGGGAGACUACGCUGGCUGCUUGCCCGGUUUCCCGACAGCAACGGGAUUUGAAAAUUCCCGAGGCCGCGCUUAGACUGGCAAUGGGGACUGGACGAGGAAAGCCGCUGCUAGGGUCGGCUUCUCGCUCGCCCCACCCCAACUCUGGAGGCCCGGAAGCGGAAGUGACGGACACGGAAGUGGCCUCCUGUUGCCGAGGGGACGGGCCAGGCAGAUGCCAACAUGGCAGCGGUUGGGUCUGGUGGUUCCACCGCGGCGGCCGGGCCAGGGACGGUCUCCGCAGGGGCGUUGGAACCUGGGACUGCGAGUGCGGGUAACGUGAAGCACCUGGUUCUUUUCCUCCACGAGGCUGUCCUGGUGCAGUAUGUGGACACACUCAAGCUCGCAGUGCCCUCUCUCAUCUACACCUUGCAGAAUAACCUCCAGUACGUUGCCAUCUCCAACCUGCCAGCUGCCACUUUCCAGGUGACGUACCAGCUGAAGAUCCUGACCACAGCUCUGUUCUCCGUGCUUAUGCUGAACCGCAGUCUUUCCCGGCUGCAGUGGGCCUCCCUGCUGCUCCUCUUCACUGGCGUCGCCAUUGUCCAGGCACAGCAAGCUGGUGGCGGGGGCCCACGGCCACUGGAUCAGAACCCUGGGGCCGGCCUAGCGGCUGUCGUGGCCUCCUGUCUCUCCUCGGGCUUUGCAGGUGUCUACUUCGAGAAGAUCCUCAAAGGCAGCUCAGGCUCCGUGUGGCUGCGCAACCUGCAGCUGGGCCUCUUUGGCACGGCGCUGGGCCUGGUGGGGCUCUGGUGGGCCGAGGGCACUGCCGUGGCCCGCCGCGGUUUCUUUUUCGGGUACACGCCUGCUGUCUGGGGCGUGGUGCUCAAUCAGGCCUUCGGCGGGCUACUGGUGGCUGUUGUCGUUAAGUAUGCCGACAACAUCCUCAAGGGCUUUGCCACCUCCUUGUCCAUUGUGCUGUCCACUGUUGCCUCCAUCCGCCUCUUUGGCUUCCAUGUGGACCCCUUGUUUGCCCUUGGCGCCGGGCUGGUCAUCGGUGCGGUCUACCUCUACAGCCUUCCCCGAGGUGCAGCCAAAGCCAUAGCUUCCGCCUCCGGGUCUGCCUCCGGGCCCUGCACUCACCAGCAGCCUCCCGGGCAGCCGCCACCACCACAGCUGUCUUCCCACCAUGGAGACCUCAGCACGGAACCCUUUCUGCCAAAGUCAGUGCUGGUGAAGUGAGGGCUGGCGGCGGUGGGGGGAGUCAGGGAGGGGCGCCGGGUGGAGGGUAUUGGGCAUCUGCAGGACCAGUUGCCACUGGGGCCUGGCUCCUCUGGGGUUGGAAGGGUCUUUUCUUCCAGGUCAUUGAGACUUCUGGAAGGGUAUGGGACUAGGGCAGGGCGUCACAGGAACCCUUCCUCAUAGCCAAGGGUUUUUAGAACCGCCUCCUGUGUCCCAGUCUAACCCCUUUGGGGACCAGGUCGGGGGAGCAUCAUCAUUCAAGGCCUUUUACGUCUGCCCCCUUCAGCCAGAGGUGUCCUGUCUCUCAUGCCUGGGAGAGCCCCUCCCAGUAAUCCCUAUACCUUUGCAGGGACAAAUUGGACAAAAAUCCUACAGCUCUUCAGUAAUGACUGAUGCCUCCCUGUGGGGUUCUGUUUCCCAUAGCUUGAGGCCUUCUCUCCCUGACAACCAUACCAGAUCAUGUUAGCAGCUCAGUCUUUUUGUGGCCUUGGGGCAGCUUCCUUGACACAAGGACCUGAAAAUGGGCCUCUUGUGAGCGCCCAGGGAGAGAGGAGGAAUGGGAGGCGAGAGCUGAGAUUUUUGCAUCAGCCCAUUCAGGGGGACGGUGCAGUUAGGGGCUGUUUGAUUUUUGGUGGUUUGGGGGUUUGUGGUGUAAUAAGGUGAAUGAUCCAGGGUGUAGGGAAAACGGGGAAGGGAGGUCCUUGACGUGGCCUAAUCUCAUAGAAUCUAAGACACUGUCAGUUGCUGGAUGCAGGUUUAUUUUCUAAGACAUCCUGCGAGGAAAAAUAAAGCUGCCAACCACACUCAUGGUACCCCAUUGGCUGUUUGAGGCACCCUUACUUCAUACGGGGGUGUCUUUAAAUUGCUGAAAUGUGGGACCUGCCCCCUGCACUCCCCAAAGCUUAUUAACCCCUUAACUGUCUCCCAGGAUGUGUAUGUAUGUGUGUGUGUGUGUGUGUGUGUUGUGUGUGUGGUGUGUGUGCGCGCGCGUGUGCCUGUGUGUGCCCGCGCGCUUGCGCAUGGGAAACGCCUGGGCUAUCUUUGCUAUAUGUACAUAGGGGCGUUGGAUCUUUAUUUUUGAUUAAUUUGUUCUGAUUUUUUUGGUUUGUUUUUUAAGGAACUGUAAUGAACAAAUGUCAGGAUACCCAAUGCCAAAUAAAGAUGUUGUAUUUAUUUA